AUGAAGCUGGUCGAGUCAGGAGAAUUUUCCAACCGCGUAAACAUUAGCGACGUCCUGCUCGUUCCGACUACACAUCGAAACAAGACCGCCGCAGGGACAGCUGCCAAGCGAGCCGCUGAGCCGCUGGCCAUUAAUCCCGUGGCAGAACCUGCCGUGGCGCGGCUGGGAAAGCGCGAUGAGAUCGGGUGCUACCUGCCCCAGAUGUCGGCCAAUCUCGACGACUGCAGCAACAUCUGCAACUUCAUGCGGCAGUACGGUGGCAACCUGGCCAUCAUCCCCGCCUUUGACGAAGUUUAUUGGGAGCUGGACACCUGCACACUGGGUGCGACCAACCGUACGCCAUGCACCAAGGUUGUUCCUUAUGAGUUCUUUACACCGUACUGCUACAACAUAAUCAGCGAAUGCAUCUUUUAUAGCCGGGACGGAUACUUUGACAUUGAAAGUAACGGCAUGUCUGCGGCUUUGUUUGGGGAUCCAGCGGCGCCCGCCUAUUCUCCGUUGGCGUGCUAG